UUAGACAAAAUACAAUCAAAUUCACAUACACACGGAAUAGAAAACAGAAUCGUUCUUGUUUCUCCUUUACACGGACAAUCGUAGCAGGCUGUAUCAAUCACCAUUUGUCAACAGGCUUUAGUCAAUUGACAAAAUGAUCCACUGAAGCGCCAUAUUGCUCAUAGACAUUAUUAAAAAUGUUUAUCUAUUUGGUAGCUUUUGUGGCUACGUUAUUUAUUAUUUUUGGACUCGUACACGUCAGGUGUCUAAACGAUUGGCUACGAUCAUCGAUUUGUUCUUCUCUGCGUAAUGGGUUGUUUCGUCGCUCAGAAAUCGAGGCGUCGUUCAAUAACGAAGAUCUCGAGUCCACUUUCACAUCUGAAAGAUCUCUGACCGAAACCGGCGAAGUAAGAGAGUUUGACGAUUUCUUGACACAAAGGGCAAUGUUCAGCAAUAAAGAACGAUUAUCGGACGUACUCCUGGCCGAAACUGGAAACAACUCGAGAAAUUUGAAUCAACCGCGGUAUUCCUUCGAGGAUAUACUUUCAGGCGAGAGGGACAGAGAUUUUGGAAUACCUGCCACUAGGGCUUUGCAACUGGGAACUACGAAGGACGAUAGUAUCAGGGCUACAAAACAGGAGGGAAAUGAAAAUAUAUUCGAGUCUCUGAAGAGUUCGAUAGAAAGAAGUACCAAUCCGUCGUCCCGAUUGAAUACCAGUCAAAUAUACAAUCUAAUUUUGAAAGAAACUCUCAAGGACAAGGCGGCGAGACAGAAGCUCCUUGAGAAUGAGAAGAGCAAGUUCAACGAAUCGUUGCCGAAUAAAUUAGUGGAGCACCUUCCUUCUCGAUCCGAGAACAGAUCUGAACGCGAAGAUGAUACCAAUAAUACAGCAAAAUCUGAUAAUUAAACGUUAAAAAUAAAAUUGUUUUGCAUUUAUUACAUUUA